AAAUGGAACACACUAAAUUUAGUAACCAUCCCUGUAAUAACCAAAACUAGAUAUUUUGGCAUCACUGUAUUGCAUUCCUCGACAUUUUUGACAUUUCUCAUUUUUCUUGCGUGUUUUCUUGUUUUGUAUUUGUUUAUAUCGUACAAUAUUUUUUUUCUCCAAAAUUAAGUUUAUUUAUUAAAUUUAUUUAAUUCUAAUCUCUAACCAUGUCCGACGAGGAUGUUAUUAAAAGACGCUUGCUAAUCGAUGGCGAUGGCACUGGCGACGAUCGAAGGCUCAAUAUUCUACUAAAAACCUUUAUAAAAUGGUGCAACACAACCGAUAGUCAAGAAAAUCAAAUCUUCUAUGAUCGACUAAUGGCACAAUUGGCGCAAUGUAGUUUUGUUGCUGCCAAAUCAGAGCACACUUUAAAAAUGAUCAAUGAAGAAUUGAAAAAUUAUGAAUCCCUCUCAAAUAACAUUGAAAGUGGCAUUGAAAUUGCCAAAGAAGACAUUGAAACAUGCAAAUUGAAUUUAAUGUAUGCGAGAAAAGUUCGCAAGAAUCGCGAAGAAUACGAUAGUUUGGCAAAGAUUAUUAACAACGAACCGGAUCGUGCCAAUAGUGAAAAAGAAUUGGAAGCUUUGCGAGGCGAGUUGGCUUCUUUGCAAAAUAAAACAAAGAAAUUAGAUCGGAAACUUAUUAGUCGACAGAAUAAAUUCAAAGUUCUGAUGCAAUCAAUUCGAGAAAUGGAAUUGUCAACACUUGAAAGUAGUAGUAGCUCGAUGAACAAUGAGAAUAAUGUCAUAGAAGUUAUGGAAGAGGAUAUUGAUUUGGAUGAUAUAAUUGAAUAUCAGGCGGUUAGUCCUCAGCUUUUGGAAUAGUUAUUAUCAUUAUAAUUGUAUGGCAAAAUGUAAAUAAAUUUAACUUUUUUUAUUUCAAA